UCUCCUCCUCUGGGAGCCCACUGCCCAGACCGCCAGUGUCCGACCCAGCUGGUGGAGGCGACUGGGCAGCCCUAGACCCACUUCCCCCAAAACAGCAUCUCCUCCUGGAGUGGUGACCACAAUAACCCCGCCUUGGAAUCACUUGAGGAAUUUUUAAGAGAUCUGACGCCCAGACCAAUUCAAUGAGAACUCCAUGGCUGGUCUGAGGAAUACAAAUCUCCAGCUAUCUUCAGCCCUGCUGAGCUCCUGUGCUAUUUCCUAGGCCUUGGCAUCCCCGCCCCCACCCCAGAAACCCAGAAUUCUCUGGAAGAUCAGUCACGAGCACAGCAGCCCAGUGGAUAAGGACUUCCAAGUGUUAGAACAGAAGAAGCACCUGCAGCCUCUCUCCACCAUUUCCAGAGGCUUCAGAGGUAAAGGAUGUAUUCCAGGUUAAAGGCAGGUAAUCAGCAGAGCCAGACUGAGAUCCACUCCUGAGACCCAAUCCAGAGUCUGGGGCUGUCCUGUGGUCAUAUUUUGUUGGAUGAAACCAUGCAUUCUGUGUCUUUGGAAAUUCCCUGUGGAGGAGGCUAGCACUGUCCUCUGAACUGGGAGCCAGAUUCAACUGACCUUUGUCCCUGAGGCAAAGGCCUGGUCCAUGGGCCCAGGUCAGGUACACAAAGGGAGAGCAGGUCCCAGUCCCUGUUCUUUAAAGCAGGAAACCUCAAGUUCUGCUACAGACCCGUCGGAGUCUCCAGGAGAUCCCGAUGCAUGCAGCUCACCACAUAGCAUACGACGAGUCGGGACAUGGAGCUAUGGGAGCAAAUGUUCCAGGAAUUAAUUCAGGAAGUGAAGCCAUGGCACAAAUGGACCCUGACAGUAGACAAAGACCUUCUUCCCAACAGCCUGAAGCCAGGAUGGUUACAGUACCAGCAGAGGGCUUUUGCCAGGUUCCAGUGCUCCUUGUGCUCUCGCAGUUGGGCCUCUGCUCAAGUUCAGGUCCUUUUCCACAUGCACAAGAGUGGGGGGAAACCCAGGGGCAAGGUGAAGAUGAGGGUCUUUGCCCAGAGAUGUCAGAGGUGUGAUCAGUCUCCAUUUGAGGUUCCCGAGUUCACAAAAGAGAACAUCUCAAGGAUCCUGAACAACCUGGUGUUCCGAAUUCUGAAGAAAUGCUACAGAGAAGUUUUUAGGUCCAUGGAGACGAUACCUACCAUCAAGGAAAUCUCUCUUGAAGGGCCGCAUGACAGUAACAACUGCGAGGCAUGUCUGUCGGGCUUUUGUGCUCAGAGUGGGUCAGGUGGGGCCCUGCAGUCACCAGGAUUGCCGUCACUUCCUGCCAUUAGCUCACCUGCCCUUGGGACUGCCAUCCCCAUGCCCUCUCCCACUAGGAGUGGCGCCCCAGUGGACACAGUGAAGGGGAACGCCAGAGCGGACGCGGUGAAGGAGAACGCCAUGGGAAACAAGGGAAAGGCUUUACGCCAACCCUGGUAUACUGUGUCCACAAAGGCUGCGAUCCUCCCCACCCACUGGAGCCCGAGACCAAACACCCACCACCACGUGGAGAGGAGAAUCCAGGUCAGCACCUGGAGUGAGGCGCCCUGUUGCCACACAGUCCGGAAUCUCAGCUGCAGGAACUCUAAUGCUUGCUGCUGUUUUUUCAUUCUGAUCAUCGUCGCGGUGAUUAUCGCAGAGACCAUUCAGUGGACCUCCACAUGAUGCCAGGUUCAAAGUCAUGUAGUACUGUCCCACGGAUAGGAAAUACGCAGAAGAGGUAAAUCCAGAGACAGGAAGUAGCCUGGUGACUGCCAGGGGCUGCGGGGAAGGGCAUUAAUCGGUAUGGGGCUUUUUGUGGGCAGAGGGUGGGUGGUGAUGAAAAUGUUUGGCACAAGUUGGAGGGGGUGGUUGUACAAUACUGUGAAUGCAGUAAAUGCCAUUGAAUUGUUCAUUUUAAAGUGGUUGAUUUCAUGUGAUUUUUAAGGGUUGAUGUUAAUUUCAAUUCAAUGCAGUUUUGUGUAAAGGACGCUGACAUUCUGCUCAUUCUCGGGAGAACUGAGACCGAAGCCUUUAUGGCUCACAGAACUAUUUGGAAAUCUCACGAGACCUGUGGAUCCUCUCUCCCCACAGAAGCUUGCACAGACCCAGUGACGUCAGCCUGUGGAAGCAUUUGCCAUGGUUUUCAUUAGGUUGAAAGCCUGGGUCUCAAAGCAGUGUUCUCCACAGCAGGGUCCGUGCAGCUCAGGACUGCGGCAGGACCAUCCACCCACGUCGGGGAGAUAGCCUUCAAACUCUAUUUCAUGUUUCUUUGCACUUUACUAUUUCUUGUUGCACAGUUUAUAAUGUGCGUUACUGUACUAGUAAAAUGGUAUUGUGACACAAUGUGUAAUUAAAUAAAUAUACACCCAUCUGGA